UCGCUCCCCUCCCCCUCCGCCCCUGGCCGCCCCGCGGCUCGCAGCUCCCCAGUCAGCCUCUUCGAACUAGCGCCGCCGCCCGCACCCGCGGCAGGACCGGCUCGCCCGGCUCCCCGGGGUGCGCCCUCCUCGGUCCCGCGCCCUCCGGGCUCGCAGGGACACCCUCCUCCCUCCCGGCUCGCGGCCCCGCCCGGCCCGGCCCCCGCCCAGCGCUCGAGCGCGCCGAGGAUGUGAGUCCUGCUCGCCUCUGCCCGAGCAGCAGCCACUCGCGCGCCGAGCCGGAGCGCAGCGCAGCCGCGGGCGCUCGCCGGGUCGCUCGCGCGGGCGGCGCGCUCUUGCCCUAGCGGUGUCCCCCGGCCUCUCGCCGGCGCCACCGCCGCAGCAGCCCGCGGGCGGUCCCCGGCCGGCCGCCCCCGGCCCCAGCGCCGCUGACCCUGUCCGCCGCGGGCGGGGACGCGGGCGGAGGAGGUGCCGCCGCGGAGCCCCCGGACGCGACCAUGUCGGAGGUGCUGCCCUACGGCGACGAGAAGCUGAGCCCCUACGGCGACGGCGGCGACGUGGGCCAGAUCUUCUCCUGCCGCCUGCAGGACACCAACAACUUCUUCGGCGCCGGGCAGAACAAGCGGCCGCCCAAGCUGGGCCAGAUCGGCCGGAGCAAGCGGGGUGAGUUCGCGGCCCCCUUCCCUGACACCCGGUUUCUUCCUUGCUGCAGCCUGGACAAGGGUUGCGGGGGAUCUCCUACCCGCAGGAGCCAGUUCGGACCUCAUGAAAUCCCCUCCCGCAGAAUUGGGGGAUCCCGCAGUGCGGGUCCGGCUGGGGCGAGCCACAGGGAACGCGUCCCCUCGGCCUGA